CAUCCAAGGCAAGCCACUCAUUCGAUAAGGAAAUACGAAGUUGUCAAAGCUGAAAGCUCAGAACUGCCUUCGAUUAACUGCCCGAACAAUCGAAUUUUGUGUUGAAAGAAAUGGUGAAAGUGAAUGUUGAGUAUUGUGGCGGAUGAGGUUAUGGUCCCCGCUAUGGGGAAUUGGCUGGAAUAAUUGAAGCCAAAGUCCCUUCAGCGGAGAUUGAAGGCCAUGUAGGAAGGAGAACUUCGUUUGAAGUCAUGGUGGAUGGCCAGUUAAUCCAUUCCAAAUUAAGCACCAAUGCUUUUCCGGACUUUGACGAAGUUGCAUAUAUUGUGCAAUCAGUUGCUGAGGGGUCAACGCCUCAACAAGUAACCAAGACCCAGUCUGCAGGAUGCAAUAUCUUGUAGUGACAUAUGCCUUUGACAUCACCAAUUUUGUUUAGGUGUAACAUUUAUGGCUCACCUAUGAAAUGGACUCUUUGAAACACUCUGUGUUAGUGUCUGUUGAUUUUUUAUGAGUCUGUAUUUGCUCUAUCUUUUCAAACUUGUGUGUGUAAAAAGAGAUUGCAUAAAAAUGAAAACAUUAAA